CCUUCUGGCAGCUGGGUCAGCGAUGUGUAAGGACUCUAUCGGUAAAGAAGCUAGUCUUCUCGCCACUCUGGUAAAACUUUUCAAAGUUUGUCAGACAAACCCCUUAAUAGUGGUUUGGGGAGAUGCCAUCGGCAGCAUUGCUGAAGGAAACAGAAGCAACCAAGAUGUUUUCCUUAGUGAGAACAUUGGCUCGUGUCUCUAUCAGAUGUUAAAAUCUCAUAACCGAGAAGUCCAGAUGUCUGCGGUGAAAACAAUUCACAGACUCGUAGAUGGGAAUCCUCAGGCUCAGAGGAAAGUCAUGGAGUCUAAUAACCUCUCUCCGCUCGUGCAUCUGCUGAAAAGGAGCAAGUCCCAGUUCACACAGGAAGCCAUAACCAGGACGCUGUGGGCCCUGUCUGGCCAGGACGCAGAAGCUCAGAGGAUGGUGGCCGCCAGAAUAGGUGUACCUUUGCUGGUUGAAUUUCUGUCCUCUCCGUCUUACAUUCUCAAUCUGAUUGGAACCAGAGGACUGAGGGUCUUGGUGCAGGGACCCUAUGACCUGCGGAACACAGUGAUGUCUGCUAACGCCGCCCGCCAUCUUGUACGCCUCCUCAGGUCUCCCCGGGAGGAUGUUGUUCUGAGUGCAAUACGAGCUUUGCAGGACAUCUGCCUGGGAGUCGGCUUUAUCCCACAUGGCAGAAUCCAGAGUGCUGUUGCAGGUUCCAGGGGGCUGAAGUUCCUCGUAGCGUUGAUGCGACACUCUCAGUCGGAGCGCAUUAAGGUGGAGGCAGCACUUGCAAUAGCGACAUUGGUUCUGGGGCACAAUGAGAAUCUGCAGCUAAUUGGGAAAAGCUCUGGCUUCAGCUUCUCACACGUCCUCCUCCUGUUGCGCUCGUCUGAUGAAGACAUUCGCCUGACUGCCGGAGAAGCUUUGGCCACAUUCGCUUUCAAUAGUAUAAGCCAACAAAAGGAGAUUGUUCAGAACGGAGGACUGGUGUGGAGGGACGUGGCCCCAUUCCUCGAAUCGGCUGAGCAGAAUCGCAGGGCUCUCGCAGCAUUUCAGUUGGCGGUGCUGGCGCACAUCGUUUCCGAUAAGGAUCCGUCCUACACCUGUGCUGUUGGCAUACAGACGCUGAUCGGGUUACUGCAGACGGCACGGUCCUCCGACACCCUGGCACUGGCUGCGGACUGUGUGGCCAGAUUAUCACAUAGCCGGGCAGGGCUUUGUGCCGCCAUGGUCUCCAUUGAUGUCGUGAAUGUGUUGUGUCCGCUCCUGUCCAGCCCGUCGCCGCAGGUGAAAGGUUCGGCCUCCAUUGCUUUGUCUUAUCUAAGCUUCAACCCACUGGCCGAGAGGCAGCUGUUACAGAGGUGCAGAAGAGAUCCGGAGAUCAUGAAGGUCUUAAUUUACUACAACAAGAAAAGGAGAUGGUCAGAGAAUUUUCUGGGAAGAUGGAGACAUAUCAGAGAGCUCACGCUGCCCCCGAUCCGAGAAUCAAAUCAUCGCUCCAGAAACUGCAGAUUAUCGACAAUCUGAGAUCAGGAGGAAGAAUCGAUGUUCAUCAAUUUACCAGCAUCCAGAUACUUCUCCUGUCCUGUAUAUAUAUACACCGCACAGUA